CUGUGUGUGUGUGUGUGUCGGAGCAUCUCCUCUCUGCGAUCAGCAUCACGGGCUUUAAUCGCUUCUUUUCUUCCAUCGCAGGAGGAGGCGUCUGUCUGUCUGUCCAACUUGUGGAGCGUCUGUCCUUCUGUCUCCGCCUGAUCGCUUCUCUCCACACACACGCGCGUCGUCUUCAGAGUGCAGUCGGAAGUUUUUGGAGACAAUAAACCGGUUUUGCUGCCCUUUGGAGGGAGUCGCCAGCCAUCCCAGAAGACUCACCACAUUCUCGCCUCAAAGGUAGUUGAAGCAAACAGCCGUGUGUGUGCGCGUAAUUUGGGAGCCAAUCAAGCAGCCAUGGAAGGGUUCAUGAAGGGUUUGUCCAAAGCCAAGGACGGGGUCGUGGCCGUGGCGGAGAAAACCAAGCAGGGAGUGACUGGAGCAGCCGGGAUGACGAAAGAUGGGGUUAUGUUUGUCGGUACUAAAACAAAGGAUGGAGUCUCAACAGUUGCAGGUAGAACUGUGACUGGAGUGGCUCAGGUGGGUGGAGCCAUGGUUACCGGGGUUGCCACUGUGGCGCAGAAAACUGUGGAGGGAGCAGGAAACAUCGUCGCUGCCACUGGAUUGGUCAAGAAGGAUCCUGCCAAACCAACUGAGGAUGCCUCACCGGUACAGACUUUGGCAGAGUCACCGAUUGACACCGACCCUGCUGAUAUUACAGAGGAGGACUCUGAUGACUGAACAGCUCGAGAGCUUCACAAUCAAAGAUCGAUGAACAUUCCAUGUUGCUCUGCCAAGUCCAGUCGUGCCUCGUUUUGGUCCUUCAUGGAGUCUGUGCUCAGCGUCCGUGUGUGUGUGUUCCUGUUUGUGCUGUUAUGUACGUCUGUGCAGUAUAAAUGUUGUGGUGACUGAGAGAUGUGUGAGUGAUUUUUUUUGUGUGUGUGUGUGUGUGUGUGUGUGUGUGUGUGUGUGUGUGUGUGUGUGUGUGUGUGUGUGUGUGUGUGUGUGUGUGUGUGUGUGUGUGUGUCUGUCUGUUUGUGCCUUUUGCACAUCAGUCCUGAAAGGGACCUCAGGUGUGUUUCGUGUUUCGUCUGUGACCAGCCGUCAUUUGCAGUGAUUCCCUCCCACUGAGAAGACCACCUGGUCACUGUGCGUGUGCGUGCAUGCGUGUGCGUGUGUCUAUGUGUUUCUUGUGUGGCUAUGUCAAUAACUCAAACAUGAAAAUAUACCACGAUCCACAAACACCUAAGUGUCUAUAUAAAUGAACAAUUUACAGUGAUCUGUUUGAAAUGGAAGCAUAACGAUAUUCUCUAUUUUUGUCUGUAUACUGUCACUGUUUUUUGCGGUGGACUAUAAAGUGCUGAGCUAUUUGUGCAUUCAUAUAAGUAUUUUUUAAGUUGUCACUGCUGUGACAGAUAUAUAUCAUACUGAAUGGACUUUUGAAAACCCAACAGCAUGGAAACUAAUAUUCAGCUUAACCGCUGUGUUAUGAAUUUACUGGGAUUUAAAUGUUGAAUAAAACAUGUCAAAUGUG